AUGCAAGUUCAGAUUUUUUAUCAAGGGUUAAAUGCUCCAACACGAGCAAUAGUUGAUGUUGCUGCUAGGGGUGCUCUAUUAGCCAAGACAGUUGAUGAAGCCUUCACUUUAAUGGAGGAAAUGGCUACCAACAGUUAUCAGUGGCUCAAUGAGAGGUCAGGCCCAAGGAAAGUUGUUGGGUUAUAUGAAGUUGAUCAGAUGAUAGCCAUGCAUGCCCAACUUGCUGCUUUACAAACCCAAAUGGCUGCUCUACCAGCGCAGAAUAAUCCAACGAUUAUGGAGAGUGUAGCAGCGGCUGCUGCAAUGCAGAGGCAAGAUAUGAGUCCAGAACAAGCCCAGUUUAUGGCAAACUGCUCCUUCACCAAUAACUCCAGAAGCAACAACAUGCCUAAUUAUUAUCAUCUAGGAUUGCACAACCAUGAAAAUUUCUCUUAUGCUAAUAACAAAAAUGUGCUGCAACCACCUCCGGGAUUCAAUUCUCAGCAGCAACAAGAGAAAAAAAAAUCAUUGGAAGACAUUUUGGGCCUUUUUAUUAUGGAGUCUAACAAGAGGUUUGGAAAAAAUGAAGCAAGACUCGACAAUAUAGAAACCCAUAUGACUAACAUGGGUGCUUCAAUGAAGAAAAUUGAAACUCAAGUGGGCCAAUUAGCUAUUGUUGUGAAUUCUAAUCAGAAGGGAAGUUUUCCUAGUGACACUGUGGUAAAUCCAAAGGAAUCAUGCCAAGCAAUUUCUUUGAGAAGUAGUAAGGUGCUUGAUGAGGGUAAUGUUCAAGAAUGUUCAAAGGAGAAAGUUGAGUCAGUGGUACAAGAGGUAGACAAGGAAGAGCAAGCCAAGAAGCAGAGUGGAAGUGACAAGACUGACAUGAAGAAAGAUAGUCUUCCAAUGUAUCAACCUCCCAUUCCUUACCCUCAACGAUUUCAGAAAAAGAAAUUAGAUGAACAGUUUGCAAAGUUUCUAGAAAUAUUCAAAAGAAUUCACAUAAACAUUCCAUUUGCAGAUGCUCUUGAGCAAAUGCCAAAUUAUAAAAAAUUGCCUCAAAAGGUGAAAGACCCUGGUAGCUUUACUAUACCAUGCACUAUUGGAGGGUCAUCCUUUGACAAGGCAUUAUGUGAUCUUGGAGCGAGUAUUAAUUUGAUGCCACUUUCAAUUUUUAAGAAGUUGGGGGUAGGAGAGGUGAAGCCCACAACCAUUACUCUUCAAUUAGCAGAUCGGUCACUUACUUAUCCUAGGGGAGUGAUUGAAGACGUAUUGGUUAAGGUGGACAAAUUUAUUUUUACCGCUGAUUUCUUGGUAUUGGAUAUGGAGGAGGACCAUGAAAUCCCCAUUAUUCUUGGUCGUCCAUUCUUGGCUACUGGAAGAGCUCUUAUUGAUGUACAGGGUAGACAUCUGACAUUGAGGGUUAAUAAUGAAGAUGUUAAAUUCAACAUAUAUCAAGCACUAAAGCAGCAUGACAACACAAGCACAUGUCAUCGUGUGGAUUCUAUUGAGGUAGUAGUAGAAGAGACAAUGAGAAAAGAAUUAUGUGCUGAUCCUUUACAACAUUGCCUCAAUUCUAGUAUUACUCAAUCUGAUUUGGAGAAAGUGAAUGGUGAGUUUGUGGGUGACGAAGUGGCUGAAUUUGUGAUGGCUCUUAGUGCUAUUCCUAGUGCUAGUGGUAUUAUAGUUGAAUAA